AUGGUUGAGUGCAAAUUGCAUCUGCUCAAGGAUAAAUGCAUUCGUGGACGCGGUAGACGUCAAGUAACUUGGCAACGAGUCAUUUCCAUACUCUCAUUCCUUUCUGUUGUACACGCGUUGUUCCUCUCUCUUUCCCAAACUGACGGCAUUAUUUUCAAUAUGAGGACUGCAAGCUUGUUGGUCUUUCUGGCCUUUGCUAGAGGUAUUUUGGGUGCUAUCUGCACUCAAGAUCAAUGUGCUGAUGCCAUUACAUCAAUCGGUGAAAUCAACGUUGGUCUCCAAAGUCGUUCAUUAGAUUGCGCCAAGUUCAUAGCUACUACUGUCACUCCCAAUGCUUCAAUUGCUUUGAUAACUACGUCUGCUAAUAUGGAAGAUUAUCCCUAUGUUCCUUCUCAAACAACAGCCGAUCAUGGUACAAUUCCUACUUACGCAUCAUAUUGUACCGACGCAGCUGCAUAUUCCUCCGCCUGUGAUUGUGCGGGAGUUACAACUUCAGUAGUUGUCGCUCCAACUCCAACUACCUAUCUCUACGAUAAAUUACCACUUUGCGCCAAUCCAGCUACAUGUGCACAAGGAUAUAGUAAUGCUGCUUGUGGAGGUGGUGCUGGUAUUUGUAUUCCUGGUGGAGGGAAUGAUGAUUCUGGUUUCUGUGUCGCUGCAGGAACUUGCGGAAUUGUCUGCGAAAACAAUUCAGACUGUACAACUGGUAUCUGUCUUAGGGAUGUUUGUUGUGGUUCUACCUGUUAUAAUCCUUCGGUUCAAUUUGUUACGACAUACCCUCCUACUCCCAACAAGCUUGCCAAGAAAGACUUUAGAAAUUUUAAGGAUCUUUUCAACAAGUUCAAUAUGGCAAAAUCGAAAUUAUUAGGCUCUUCGAAGAACAAAAUCUUGGGUACUUAUCUACCUGAAAACCCUCAGCCUACGAAUUUCUUCAAAGGUGGAUUUUGA